AUGAUCCGGGCCUUCUCGUUCCCGGUGAGCCCCGAGCGGGGUCGGCUGCGGGGCUGGCUAGAGGGCAGCCUGGCCGGGCUCUGCGAGUUACACUGGCUCCGGGAGAGGCAGGAGUACCGCGUGCAGCAGGCGCUGCGGCUGGCCCAGCCCGGAAUGGGGGGCGCCGAGGCCGAGGACGAGGAGGACGCCGACGAGGACGAAGAUGCGGCGGCGGCGCGCCGGGCCGCAGCGGCCCUGGAAGAACAGCUGGAGGCCUUGCCUGGGCUCAUCUGGGACCUGGGCCAGCAGCUGGGAGACCUGAGCCUGGAGUCUGGGGGCUUGGAACAGGAGAGUGGACGCAGCUCGGGCUUCUAUGAAGACCCCAGCUCCACGGGAGGCCCGGACUCACCACCCUCGACUUUCUGUGGGGACAGUGGCUUCUCUGGCUCUGGCUCCUAUGGACGCCUGGGUCCCGCUGAACCCCGGGGCAUCUAUGCCAGCGAGAGGCCCAAGUCCCUAGGAGACGCCAGUCCCAGCGCACCCGAGCCAGUGGGCGCUAGGGCAGCCGUGCCGCGGUCCUUCUCGGCGCCCUAUCCGACGGCUGCGGGGUCUGCGGGCCCGGAGGCCUGCUCCUCCGCGGAGCGACGAGCCCGCGCGGGGCCCUUCCUGACGCCCAGCCCCCUGCACGCCGUGGCGCUGCGCAGCCCACGGCCCUGCGGCCGCCCUCCCCCGGACUCGCCCGAAGCCGCGGGCGCGGGGCGGCCCCUGGACGGCUACAUCUCGGCGCUCUUGCGCAGUGGGCCUCGCCGUGGGAGGCGGAGGCGACCCCCGAGCCCGUGGCCCCGCCCGCUGCCCCCUCGCCCCCCGACAGCCCGGCGGAGGGCCGCCUGGUCCUCGCCGUGGGAGGCGGAGGCGACCCCCGAGCCCGUGGCCCCGCCCGCUGCCCCCUCGCCCCCCGACAGCCCGGCGGAGGGCCGCCUGGUGAAGGCACAGUACAUCCCGGGCGCGCAGGCCGCCACCCGCGGCCUCCCUGGCCGCGCGGCGCGCCGUAAAGCGCCCCCUCUGACACGGGGCCGCAGCGUGGAGCAGUCCCCACCCCGGGAGCGUCCCCGGGCCGCGGGCCGCCGCGGACGCAUGACCGAGGCCUCGGGCCGCCGGGGCUCGCCCAGGGCUCGCAAGGCCGCGCGCUCCCAGUCCGAGACCAGCCUUUUGGGCCGCGCCGCCGCAGUUCCUCCAGGUCCCCCCAAGUACCCCACAGCCGAAAGGGAAGAGCCUCGGCCGCCACGGCCUCGCCGUGGUCCAGCACCCACUCUCGCGGCUCAGGCCGCCGGGUCCUGCCGCCGCUGGCGCUCCACGGCCGAGAUCGACGCUGCCGAUGGGCGCCGAGGCCGGCCCCGCGGCCCCGCCGCCCGAGGCCCGGGUCCUGGCCCAUCCCCGUCAGCUCCUCAGCGCCGUCUGCUCUACGGCUGCGCGGGCAGCGACUCGGAGUGUUCGGCCGGGCGCCUGGGGCCCUUGGGGCGCCGGGGCCCGGCAAGCGGCGUUGGCGGAGGCGGCUACGGGGAGAGUGAAUCGAGCGCCAGCGAGGGCGAGUCGCCUGCCUUCAGCUCCGCAUCCAGCGACUCCGAUGGCAGCGGUGGCCUCGUGUGGCCGCAGCAGCUGGUGGCAGCCACCGCAGCCUCCGGGCCAGGGGCUGGUGCGGGUGGAGGGGCGCCUGCGGGCCCCGCCAAAGUCUUUGUGAAGAUCAAGGCUUCCCACGCGCUCAAGAAGAAGAUCCUGCGUUUCCGUUCGGGUUCUCUCAAGGUCAUGACUACAGUGUGAGUUUAGAGGUUUGCUUGGGAUCCCCCUACAUGGCCUCUGCACCACUACACCCCCCAAUCACUGACCCUUCUACACCUCCUUUCCAAAGACCACCAUUCUCUCUGCUUCCAAAGACCCUUCCUCACUGCCCCAUUCAUUGCAGUCUGGGUUGAAAAGGCUCCUCCUCCACCACAGGGAGGAAUUGGGGAGGAGCCCUGUUUGACCCAGAUGAGCUGCGGACUCUGCAGCCCUUGGGCUAGAAAGUUCCCUUUCUGUGGGCCUCACUUUCUUCAUCUGUACUAUGUCUGUACUAUGGUAUACAGAAGGGGUAAUUCAGUUUGAAUUUCCCCAUUUUAGUUUAGACAGUUAGUCCGUUUUUUCUUCUUCGUUUCUCUCACUGAGCCCUCUUAUUCCUAGUUUCCAUGCCCAGUUAUGGCCCCCGUUCACAUUCACAAAGUGCCCCCCUCCACGUCCUUGAACCCUUAGGAUAUCCCCUUAGCACCCUGGUCAGAGACUCUGUGGCUGACCCAGAGGGUGCUUGCAGAGUGCCCUGGAAAGGGAAGGAGCACUGACUUUGGGGUUUUGAGGGUCAAGUAGGAGUUGGUGACACCAGGAAAGAAAGACUCUUUCACCUCCCUCCCUGGACAGAUAUGAAGGAUUGGGAGGUAGAAGAGUGGAAGGAAGAUGGCUUCUAUCUCGUGGCACCCCCUGUGAGAGGGAGUGGGGGAAGCCCAGGAUGACCCUCAGUUGUUCCAAUCCAGUAUUUUUUUCUUUUUUUUUUUUUAAAUUACUGUAUUUAUUAUGACGAUGGUGACUCCCCAGUGCACAGGGGGGCCAGAAUCUGUGUGUUUCUUUAACCUCUUUGUAAAUAAAUGCACAGUGUUACAUA